ACCACACUUCUUCAAUAGCCACUUGUCCCAAAAUCCCUCGUCUCAAUCCAAACAAUACCUCCAUCUUCUUUCAUACUUAUAUCCUUUCUUUUCCCUCAGCCAUACCGCACAGCUUGUUAGAUUUCUAAGUGAAUCCCUUAAUUCUCAGUGUACGUUUUAGCCAAUAAUUUUAAAAAAAUGAGUCAAGAACAACCAAGAAGGCAACAAGGACAGGGUGAGCAGGACCCAAUCAAAUAUGGUGAUGUUUUUGGUGUCUCAGGUGAGCUUGGAGAAAAGGCAGUUAAGCCAGAAGAUGCAGCCAUGAUGCAGAGCGCUGAAACCGCCGUGCUCGGGAAAACACAAAAAGGUGGUCCAGCAGCUACCAUGCAAUCAGCAGCUAAUCUUAACGUGAGUGCUGGUCUAGUUCAACCUGGUGAUGUUACUGAUGUUGCAGCUCGAGAGGGUGUUACGGUUACUGGGACGGCAGUUCCUGGAGCUAAUAUCAUCACUGAAUCAGUUGCUGGCCAGGUAGUUGGACAAUACAUCCAACCAACUGGAGGGGCGACUCAAGGUGGUGCUGUUGCCACAGGACAGCAACAAGGGGUAACUGGAGGCGAUGGCGGUGGUGGAGGACGGCAACAAGGAGGUGGUGGUGGAGGCGCCGGAGCGAUCACGAUAGGACAAGCUCUUGAAGCGACUGCACAAACAAUACCGGCCAAGCCAGUGGAUCAGUGCGAUGCAGCAGCAAUCCAAGCAGCUGAAAUACGAGCAACAGGCAGUAAUGUUAUCACUCCUGGCGGGGUCGCAGCCACUGCUCAGUCGGCUGCGGCCUAUAAUGAAACUAUGAUGAGAGAUGAGGACAAAGUUAAGCUCGGAGAUGUCUUGUCGAGUGCUACUACGGUGUUGCCAGCGGAUAAGCCAGCGACGAGGCAGGAUGCAGAAGGAGUGGUGGGGGCGGAGAUACGCAACAGACAAGACAUGUCCACCACUCCUGGGGGGGUCGCUGCUUCUGUGACUGUAGCUGCCAGGAUGAAUGAAAGGAGUCAACAGCAAUCUUAAUUUCCUAAACUGGAAUCUAUAGGAAUAGUUGGUUUACCUUCCCCUUAAAGGCUAUAAUAUCUAUGUGUUGUGCUUUACCGAGUCUUUUUGUUGUGUUGGGAUUGCCUCGAGACUUGUAAGCAGCCAACACACUUCUGGUUGAAUGUUUGCUCUAGCCAUGUAUAAUAGUAGUCAGUUGAAGUCAAAGAAAUGUUUGAGCUUGUUUCUUAAGACCGUGCAACCACUAUGGUUAAUUAGGUUGGCUUCUCAAACAGUCUUGAUAAAAAUAUCAAGUAACAUGUACCUUUUCUA